AUGCCCCCCACAACCCUCGAAAUCUCCAUCCCCACAACCAGCAUCUCCGCAACCCAACCUCCCUACACCCUCUACAACAUCACCCUCCGCCUGCCCCUCCGCUCAUUCACCAUCUCAAAGCGCUACUCCGACUUCACGACCUUCCACAACACCCUAACCUCCCAGACAAAUGCGCCCCCACCCGCCCCCCUCCCCCCGAAAUCCUGGUUCCAGAACACCAUCAACAACGCCACCCUGCGCGAAUCCCGCCGCGAAGCACUAGAAGCCUACCUGCGCGCGAUCAACGAAAGUGACGAUCCCCGAUGGCGGAACAGUCCCGCGUGGCGGGCAUUCCUGAAUCUUCCUAGCCUACCUUCCAACAACAAUAGCAGCAGUGGUGGUGGUAAUGGGGCAAGUACACGACUCCACGCAGCAAUCACCGACCCCGGCGACUCCGAAGGCGGAGGGAUCACGGACCCGAUUCUCUGGCUGGAUUGCUUCAGGGAUAUGAAGGGACAUUUACAUGAUGCGAGGUUGUAUUUGACGAGACGGGAUCAGGAGACUACGCCGCAGCGACAGCAUGAGAGUUCGGCGAGAGCGAAGAGUGAGCUUGUUAGGGCUGGGGGGUUGAUUGGGAGUUUGGAGAGUGGGUUGAGGAAUUUGAGUAAUACGUCUACUUCUGGUGGGGAGGAAAAUAAUAAUGCAGGGUCAAGACCGGGUAGUAAACUCGGGCGCAGGAAUACCGCUACAACUGCCACGGCGUGGAGCGUUAGUGGGAACAAUACCCUCGGGGAAGGGGAGAUGCGACGACGGAAGGAUCUACUGAUUAACGCGAGGAAAGAGAAAGAUGGGCUGGAGGAUUUAUUGAAUGCCAUGGCGGCGAAGAGUCGGAUUGAUAGUGCGGUGGCGUCGAUUCAGGAUAAGGAGGCGUUGAUGGGGACGCAGGGCGGGAAGAAGGCGAUUAGGUCGUCUGGGAGGGUGUUGGGGAGGGAGACGGAGAGGACGCGUGAAUUGGAUAAUAGUGGGGUGGUGCAGUUGCAGAAGCAGAUGAUGCAGGAUCAGGAUGUCGCGGUCGAUGAGUUGAUGAGGAUUGUUAAUCGGCAGAAGGAGUUGGGGAUUGCCAUUAAUAAUGAGUUGCAGGUGCAGAAUGAGUUGUUGAAUUUGGCGGAUGAAGAUGCUACCAGGUUGGGUGGGAAGAUUGAUAUUGGGAAGAAGAGGAUUGGGAGGAUUUCUUGA